AUGAGAGAAAUUAUUCAUAUUUCAACCGGUCAAUGUGGUAACCAAAUCGGUGCAGCUUUUUGGGAGACUAUUUGUGGUGAACACGGUCUUGACUUAAACGGUAACAUCUUACCAAAUGUCGAUCCAAUAAUGACUUCCAAGUUAAAUGUCUAUUUCAACGAAACAUCUUCCGGUUCCAAAUGGGUGCCAAGAUCCAUUAAUGUGGAUUUAGAACCUGGUACCAUUGAUGCCGUUCGUAAUUCCAAGAUGAGUGGACUAUUUAGACCAGAUAAUUUCAUCUAUGGUCAAUCAUCCGCAGGGAACGUUUGGGCCAAAGGUCAUUACACUGAAGGUGCUGAACUAGUGGACUCCGUGAUGGAUGUUAUUAGACGUGAAGCUGAAAGUUGUGACAGAUUACAAGGUUUCCAAAUCUCACAUUCUCUUGGUGGUGGUACCGGGUCCGGGAUGGGUACUCUUUUAAUCUCUAAGAUUAAGGAAGAAUUUCCAGAUAGAAUGAUGGCAACUUUCUCCGUGAUUCCAUCUCCAAAGAAUUCAGAUACAGUGGUGGAACCAUAUAAUGCAACUUUAUCCAUGCAUCAAUUAAUUGAAUAUGCCAGUGAAACUUUCUGUAUUGAUAAUGAAGCUUUGUACAAUAUCUGUCAAAGAACUUUGAAAUUAACACAGCCUUCUUACAAUGAUUUGAAUCAAUUGGUGUCAAGCGUUAUGUCAGGUGUUACUACAUCAUUACGUUAUCCAGGUCAAUUAAAUUCUGAUUUAAGAAAAUUAGCUGUUAAUUUAGUUCCAUUCCCAAGAUUACAUUUCUUUAUGAUUGGUUAUGCUCCAUUAACCGCUAUGAAUGCUCAAUCUUUCAGAUCGUUAUCUGUUCCAGAAUUAACUCAACAAAUGUUUGAUUCCAAAAAUAUGAUGGCAGCUGCUGAUCCAAGAAAUGGUAGAUAUCUAACCGUAGCAGCAUUAUUUAGAGGUAAUGUGUCUGUGAAAGAAGUGGAAGAUGAAAUGUAUAAAGUUCAAUUAAGAAAUUCAGAUUAUUUCGUUGAAUGGAUUCCAAAUAAUGUGCAAACAUCUGUUUGUUCUGUUCCACCAAAGAACUCUGACAUAUCUGCUACAUUUAUUGGUAACUCUACUUCAAUUAAGGAAUUAUUCCAAAGAAUUGACAAACAGUUUGUUGCUAUGUUUAGAAAGAAGGCUUUCUUACAUUGGUAUACAAGUGAAGGUAUGGAUGAAAUGGAAUUUACUGAAGCUGAAUCUAACAUGAAUGAUUUGAUACAAGAAUACGAGCAAUAUCAAGAAUGGAGAGUAGAUGAAGAUGAUGAAGACAUGGAUGCUGUGGAGCAACAUGACUAUAAUAAUAAUGAUAUCAAUGGUGAUUAUAACGGUGGUGAAGCCGUGGAGGCUGGAGAUGUAGAUGCUGAUAAACCAGUUCCAGAAGAAUUCUAA